ACAGCUGCUGCUGUUGCGCUCCCAUCCGUUUGGCUAUUUCCUGAAUGCUUGUGAAUGACACCGCGCUUAAGUCAACAUCCCGCGCUCCUUACACUAGUAGCCCACACACUUCAGCAGUGGGUUCAUCAGUCAAAGGGACCUCUCAGCGCGGGCAUGGAUCUUGUCCUUCUACCCCAGCCGUCUCCUGCUGAGUGAAUGGACUCACACCAAACAGUCAAGUUUGGUCUUUUCUUCUGCAGUUGACAUUUCUUUUUUGACCGGUUUUGUGUGCGUACAAGAUAUCGAAUCUAUUUUGCUGCAAGGGACUGAAAACCAAGUCCAGUCAAAGUAGCAAUGAUGAGGAUGUGUCGCUUUACCUUGGUGGUGCUGUACGUGUUGUUCAGUUUUGUGCGCAACGCAUUCGCCUUUACAGACGAAUUCGCGGCGGAGAGAUCGGGGAAAUCGGAUGGCUAUUGCAGCAGGAUUCAGCGGGCUCAGACUCAGGGCACUCGCAAGGAUGGCCAUCAUGAGUUUAGGCUACGGAUUGAAGGAGAUCCUGAACAUUACCAACCUGGGAGUACCUAUAGAGUGAGUUUGCUUGCCACCAGCCCGGCAUUUUUCCGGGGCUUUAUCCUGGUAGCCCUGAGGGAGGGAAGAGACGGACUGCGUGAUGAUGAUUAUGCAGGCAGUUUCCAGAUCAUCGACGAGGACGACACUCAGUUCAUGACCAACUGCCCGCCUGCUGUGACUGAGAGUACUCCCAGGAGGCGCACCAGGAUCCAGGUGUUCUGGACGGCACCUCCCUCCGGUUCCGGCUGCAUCACCCUCAAAGCCAGCAUUGUACAGAAGAAGAUCAUCUACUUCCAGGAUGAAGGAUCCCUCACCAAGACAAUGUGUGAACAAGACCCUCAGCAGGCAGAAAGCUCCAGCAGACCCCAGCAGGAGUGCUGUGCCUGUGGAACAGCCAAGUACAGGUUGACCUUCUACGGCAACUGGUCUGAGCAGAUCCAUCCCAAAGACUACCCCAGACGUGCCAAUCAUUGGUCGGCCCUUAUCGGCGCCUCCCACACCAGGAGCUACAUGCCGUGGGAGUACGGAGGCCUGGCCAGUGAGGGCGUGCGGCAGGUGGCAGAGCUGGGCUCCCCCGUCAAGAUGGAGGAGGAGAUCCGACAGAAGGGUGAUGACGUGCUGACAGUCAUUAAAACCAAGGCACAGUGGCCAGCCUGGCAGCCUCUCAAUAUCCGGACGGCCCCGUCGGCGGAGUUCUCGGUGGACCGCACGCGUCACCUCAUGUCCUUCCUGACCAUGCUGGGCCCCAGCCCCGACUGGAACGUGGGCCUGUCGGCCGAGGACCUCUGCACCAAGGAGUGCGGCUGGGUGCAGCGCAUGACGCAGGACCUCAUCCCUUGGGACGCCGGCACCGACAACGGGGUCACCUACGAGUCACCCAACAGGCCCUCACUCCCCCAGGAGCGGAUCCGGCCGCUCACCAGCCUGGACCACCCCCAGAGCCCCUUCUACGACCCGGAGGGGGGCGCCAUCACCCCGGUGGCCAGAGUGGUGGUGGAGAGGAUCGCCAGGAAGGGAGAGCAGUGCAAUAUUGUCCCCGACACGGUGGACGAUAUUGUGGCAGAUAUUGCCCCCGAGGAGCCGCAGGAAGGAGACGACACCCCGGAGACGUGCAUCUACUCCAACUGGUCCCCGUGGUCAGCCUGCAGCUCGUCCAGCUGCGAUAAGGGCCGGCGGAUGAGGCAGCGCAUGCUGAAGGCCCAGCUGGACCUGACCGUGCCCUGCCCCCACACACAGGACUUCCAGCCCUGCAUGGGGCCCGGCUGCAGCAACGAGGAGUCGUCCACGUGCAUGAUGUCGGAGUGGAUCAGCUGGUCCCCGUGCAGCGCGACCUGUGGGAUGGGCAUGCGCUCGCGCGAGCGCUACGUCAAGCAGUUCCCCGAGGACGGCUCCAUCUGCACCCUGCCCACCGAGGAGAUCGAGAAGUGCACCGUCAACGACGACUGCUCGCCCAGCAGCUGUGUGGUGACGGAGUGGAACGAGUGGGAGCCCUGCAGCGCCACCUGCGGGAUGGGCAUGAAGCGGCGCCAGCGCAUGGUCAAGAUGCCCCCCUCGGACGGCUCGCUGUGCCACGUCCAGCUGGAGGAGGUGGACAAGUGCAUGAUGCCAGAGUGCCACUCCUUCCGCUGCAUGCUGUCGCCCUGGUCGGACUGGAGUGGCUGCAGCAACACGUGUGGCAUGGGCAUGCGCACGCGCCAGCGCAUGUUCAAGUCGCCCGCGGAGCCCGGAGAGUGCCCCGACGAGCUGGAGCAGGUGGAGAAGUGCAUGCUGCCCGAGUGCCCGAGCGACUGCAUGCUGUCCGAGUGGUCCGAGUGGUCCGAGUGCAACAAGUCGUGCGGCAAGGGCCACACCAUCCGCUCGCGCAUGAUCAAGCUGGAGCCGCAGUUUGGCGGCGCGGCCUGCCCCGAGACGGUCCAGCGCAAGAAGUGCAAGAUCCGCAAGUGCAAGAAGCCCAGCAAGACGCGGCCGCAGCAGCAGAGGGUGGACGGCGGCCGGCCCGAGGAGAGGCGGAGGGGCAAGGGCGGCCGACGCCCGGCCCAGGAGGAGCCGGCGGGGGGAGGAGGAGGUUGCAAGAUGCGCUCCUGGUCCAGCUGGACGGAGUGCAGCAAGUCGUGCGGAGGGGGCAUCCAGGAGCGCUUCAUGAGCUCCAGGAAGAAGGCCAAGGCCGCCCAGGCCAACGCCUGCAGGGACCGCAAGGAGAUCCGCGCCUGCAACGUGCAGUCAUGCUACAGCUAAACGCCAGGGGGCGCUGUGGGCGGUUAUUGCAUAGGGGGUGCUACUUUGUUCGUUUGUUUGGUUGUUUUUUUGGUUUUGAAAUAACGACAGCUGAAGAGUAUCAUAGGGCUGCUAAAGAGCAGGUUUGAUUUGUAAAGUGGUAAACCUAGGUGGACUACAGUGAUUUAAGACACCAGGAGCUCACAGGAGGAGGGGGGGUCACGCUCCUUUCUACCGAGGUCUUUGUUAGAUUUGUUUUUAUUUUGUUUCAUUUAUUUGUUUGUUUCUUGUUAGAGGAUCACUGAGAUGUAAGCUGGCACCAGUUAUUAGUCUCAGUAAAUUAGAUGCCUUUCUCAUCAGAUAAAGAUAUCACAUAUAUACAUAUUACUAUAUAACCAACGCUCUCACUGACAAGCAACGUCAACACAAUGGGCAGGUGACCUUGACAGGUGUCUGUUUUUUUUCUCAAAAUAGCAUUUCAAAAACAACUAUUCACCUGUUCUUGGUUCAGUCCCUGACAAUUUCUAUAGCUUGUGUCACUACUACAUGAAAGUCAAAGUGGGACUCUUUUUUUUUUGUGGGGACCUCACUGCUAGACACGACUCGCACAUGGUGGGUGUGAGGUGUCCAUUUUUUAAAGUCAAAAGAUUGAGGACAGGAGCAAAUGCCAAUGGCUACUCGUUGUCAAGGGCAGACAGGAUUUGCAGUUCAAUUGAGUUUACCUCCAGUGUUUUUCUCUCUCACAGGGUGUGUGUGUGUGUGUGUGUGUGUGUGUGUGUGUGUGUGUGUGUGUGUGUGUGUGUGUGUGUGUGUGUGUGGUGUGUGCGUGUGUGCGUGUGCCUGUGUGUGUGUGUGUGUGUGUGUGUGUGUAAAAAGUCCAAAAACGCCUGUUUUGAGUGUUAUCAAGUCAGCUCACCCAGGAUCAAUACAUGAUUGAUUUGAAUCCAAGCCGUCAUGUUGAACAAUUGAUUUUUUUUUCUCCCCUUCAUUGUUAUAGGUAGGUAGUUCAGUCACUUAUGCAGUACGAGUCUUUGGCUGACUAGUGUCAGCUUAUUGUAAUGAAGUAUCAAUGAAUUAACCCUUAAGAUCAGAUAUAUAGAAAAUACUAUGGACUGUGUCUGGUUCAAAUGUACGCUCCUGAACAGAAAGCACAGGUGAGUAAUCAUUCCAGGUAUUUUAUGAACCUCCAUAUCCUUUUCUAGGUCAAAAUCUGUUGUUACUUUUUAUUCCAUGCGAGUAUAGAGGCUAAACGGUUGUUAACUAAGGUUAGGGGUUCAUGUGUCACACUAGGGAUUUUGUUACUUUCUGUGUAAAAUUUUGAUAUGUCACUCAAUGCUCUUGCCAAAGUCGUGUAGAUGUUUUAUUUCUUUAUUUUUUUUACAUCUGUUUCUCUCUCUCCCUCUCUCACUCUCUCGCCUGUCUCUCUCUCUCAUCAUGUUCUUUCUCUCAGUCUCUCUCCUUUCAACAGUAUGUUACUAUUUUGGAAUAAAUCACCUUUACAAUAAAAGUAAAUGUGACAAAUA